AUGUCACACUACAGCUACCUCUCCCUUCCACCAUCCGCAACCGCCACAGAGAUUCAGUGUGCAUACGAAACGCUCUCCGAGCACUACCACCCCCAUGCACAAAGCCAUGCUGAUGGCGAGCAGCGCGAGACAAUCUUAAGAUUGUACCAAGGGAUACAGGAGGCAUGGGCGGUGCUCAGAGAUCCAACCUCCAAGAAAAUAUAUGACCAGGAAUUGGUCAAACAAGAGAAACUGAAGUGGAUCAAGUGGGAACUCAAGGAACAUGAUUGGAGGGAGUAUGAGGCGAGGUGCAGGUUUCUUUGGGAAUUGGAGGAGAGGAAAGGGAUGUGCUGGACAUAG